CUUCUGGGAAUCGUAGUUCUGGGGCUUCGGGAGGCUCUCCAGAGUUGCUCCCUCCUUACGCAGGCGCGACAACAAGCUGGCCGGAGAAGUUCGUAGUCUUUGUUGAGCGUGGAUGGGAGGUGCAGCUCCAAGCGGCAGAAACAGCCAUCUGAGGAUCCAGUCUCAGGGAUGCUGUCCCCGGGCUUCCAGGUGCCACCCUCGUAGUACCGAGGAGAAACCGGAUCCGACUUGAUCCAAGCCUCUCCGCAGAGCCCCCAGAGGGAAGGCGGGAAAGAGGACUGGGAGGCCCCUGUCCAGGCAGGUCUGAACUGAGGGGAUUCUGAGGAGAUCAGAAUCUUCAGAACCAGGCGGAUUGGUGAUCAUGGAGAGAGAUUUGGCCGAAAUUCCGGAGAAGAGAGCUCUGUCUUCCCAGGAUUCUUUUUCACAAGAGAAGAGCGCAGAGAAAGGAGAAGUGGCAGCUCUGCGCCUCACAGCCAGAUCCCAGGCAUCCAUGACAUUCAAGGAUGUGGCCAUGGACUUUACCCCAGAGGAGUGGGGGAAGCUGGAUCCUGCACAAAGGAAUGUCAUGCUGGAGAACUAUAGGAACCUGGUCUCACUGUGGCUUCCAGUUUCCAAGCCUGAGAACUACAAUUUGGAGAGUGGAAAGGACCCAUUGAUGCUUGAGAAAAAAGUACCCAAAAGCAGCUAUUCAGAGUUGGAAAGUAGACCUGAGAGCAAAGAUUCAACUUCAGAGCAAGAUUUUUCCAAAGAAGAAUCGUGCCAAAUUGCAAUAAUAGACAGACUGACAGGGAAUAGUGUCUAUGACACCAACUUGGAAACAACUCUUGAAUGUGAAAAUUUGUUAGAGAAUCAGCAAGGAAAUCAGGGGAGACACUUGAGAGAAAUGUUCACUAACAUGAAUUCACUCCCUGAAGAAAGAGCUCAUGAGCAUCAUAUAUAUUGGAAAAACUUUAGUCAGAAAUCUGUCCUUCUCCAUCAGGACAGAGUUCCAAAAGGAACCUAUGCCUUUCAUACGCUCGAAAAAAGACUGAAGCAGAAACCAAACUUAAGGAAGAAGCAGAGAAUCUAUAAAGAGAAAAAACCUCAUAAAUGUAAUGACUGUGGUGAACUCUUCACUUACCAUUCAGUGCUUAUUCGACACCAGAGAGUUCAUACUGGAGAGAAACCCUAUAGCUGCAGUGAAUGUGGGAAAUCUUUUAGCCACAGAGCUAAUUUAACUAAACAUCAGAGAACUCAUACUAGAAUUCUCUUUGAAUGCAGUGAAUGCAAGAAAGCCUUCACAGAAAGUUCCUCCCUUGCAAUACAUCAGAGAAUUCACAUUGGAGAGAGACCUUAUGAAUGCAGUGAAUGUGGGAAAGGAUUUAAUCGAAGUACCCAUCUUGUGCAGCAUCAGUUGAUUCAUACUGGAGUGAAGCCUUAUGAAUGUAAUGAAUGUGACAAAGCUUUCAUUCAUUCAUCAGCACUCAUCAAACAUCAAAGAACUCAUACUGGGGAGAAACCCUAUAAAUGUCAGGAAUGUGGGAAAGCUUUUAGCCAUUGCUCAUCCCUUACUAAACAUCAGAGAGUUCAUACUGGAGAAAAGCCAUAUGAAUGUAGUGAAUGUGGAAAAACCUUUAGUCAGAGCACACAUCUUGUUCAGCAUCAAAGAAUUCAUACUGGAGAGAAACCUUAUGAGUGUAAUGAAUGCGGGAAAACCUUCAGCCGGAGUUCAAACUUUGCUAAGCAUCAAAGAAUUCAUAUUGGAAAGAAACCAUACAAGUGUAAUGAAUGUGGAAAAGCCUUUAUUCAUUCAUCAGCUCUUAUUCAACAUCAGAGAACUCAUACUGGAGAGAAACCCUAUAGAUGUAAUGAAUGUGGGAAAAGCUUUAAGUGUAGCUCAUCCCUCAUUAGACAUCAAAGAAUUCAUACAGAAGAGCAACCCUGAAAAUUACUAAAUGUGAAGAAAUGUAAGUUGGUUUUAUCACUGUGUUAAAUAUAGGAGUUAUAAGUGACCCUUAAAAUGCUGCUUAUGGACCAAUUUUGUAUGCAUCUAGUUUUACUUGCAUAGUAUGUAUUUUUGAGCCAUAAACAAAAUGUUCCUUAUAUCCAUUGAUUUGAUAAUUAUGAAAGAUACUUUCCAGAUAUUUCAGGUUUUGAUCCCUAACCCUUCCCCAAUACCCUUUUGUGAAAUUCAAGAAAUCCUUAGUAGUGAGUAGCAAUAUAAUAAAUCUGGAAUCCAGUUUCUUUCUCUCUUUUUCACAUUAUAGCCCUGUUAAAGCUUUUCACUUUGCAAGGAAAUUCUUAUUGGGUAUGUUAGGCAGAGGGUUCAUAUCCUUAUCAUCAGAAAUACAGAGUUGCUCCUCUUUGAAUCCAAAGUAGAAAUCUACAUUUACAGAUACUUUCAUUUCUCCAGUGUCAUUUCUUUAAUAUUAGCUAUAGAAAGUUAAAGGUUAAAAGUUGAAAUAUGCUUUGAAUUUCCUCUCUCUCCACAAAGGCUGUUCUCUAAUUUGAUUAACAGAAAUAGAAUGUAUUUAUAGCUGGCUGUACAUUACAUUUACAUGGGUUAUGCUGGUCAUAGAUUUAGAUAAUUGCUGGGUAUAACUUCAUUUUCUACUUGCUUGGAAGUUACCCUGAAGUAGUAUGGGUCAGAAUCUUAAAUAUAGUUUUGAUCAAGUCCCUCUUUUCUUAUCCAUGGCAUUCAUUGAAUAAAUCAUUGGUUUUCUAUAAUGACAGUAUUAGUGAGAUUUCAUUUCUUUACAUUAUUCUGCUUUCUGUAAUCGAUGAUUUGUCACUUUGAGAAAAAGUCACUGGGAUGUUGAGGAUCUGAAAGUUGAUGGGUUUAAUGUGUUACCAUAUUUAGGAUCCUAGUCCAGAAAAAUAACUGAAGCAACUAUAAGAUAGAAAAGGAACUGAAGGAAUGAGAGAAAUAUCUUCCUGUCAGAUAGGUUAAAUAGUGACUCACUUGACAAUAAGCAGCUUCUCUCUGUGAAGAAGUUGCCAUUUUUGACCUUCAUGUAUGCCCACAUUUUUUGUUCUUGUUCUCUCUGUAUGUUAGUUAGUCUUUGCUAUAUCCCAGAGCCAUAAAGAAGAUUGAAAAGGCAUGAAACCACAUGAUAUAUUGAUAUACUUAAAUGGGUGACCAAAGACCAGUAAUGUGAUUGGGAACACAAAAGCAAAGGUUCAGAUAAAUAUUUAGCAAAACAUUAUAUAAAAGUUAAGAUUUUUUGUUGUUGUUAUUCUAUUAAUACAUAUUAUGUGAAAAGAUUAUAGAAAAAGUAGAGAGAAACAGUAGUUAUAGAUUUCUUCUUCUAAUUCUACCUUUUAUGAACAUUCAGCACCAGUCCAUGUUUUGCUCCUUUCUUGAUAUGCCUGUGACUUAUAAUUCCUUCUCUGUAGACUUUAGUUCUAUUAUUGAAGAAAAGUAGAAUAAAGUUUUAAAGUGGUGGUAGUGGAGAGCAAGAUCAUUAAGGAUGGAUCAAGUAUAAAUUCAGCAAUGAUUGAAAUCCAACAGUAUGAAAGAAAUGGGGCUGAAAGGACUUGGAAAAGGUUUUGUAAAGAAUUUUUAAAAACAAAUUGAAAGGGGUAGAGAUGGUUGGGAAGGCUCAAGGUCUGAGAGGUCAGGGUAGGAGAAUGGCUGAUGAACAAAAUAAAGGAAAGGGAGCUCAACUCUUUUCAUCACCUUAACCAAUAAUGGUCUAAAGCAGGAAUUAACAAACUGUGGGCUGGACCUGUAGACCAAGUAUGUCUACUGCUAUUUCUGUAAGUAAUGAUUAAUUGGAGUUCAACCACACAUUCACUUACAUGUUGUUUGGCUGUUUUAUACUAGAAUGACGGAGAUGAGUAGUUGCAGCAGAGAGUAUAUAUAUAUCCUGAAAAGCCUAAGGUACUUGCUAUUUCUUAAUGUGCCAAAUGCUUGAAUGACAGUAAAUGCAUCAUUUGGGGGCCAAAAUUUGACUAAUAAAAUAACAUCAGCAUGGACUUUUCAAAGCUGGGUUUUAAUACUGCCACCUCUGUUUAGCAAGUCUGUGACCUUGGAAGGCUACUUAUUUUCUGAGCUUCAGUUUUUUACCUGCAAAAUGAGAAUAAAUCAUCCCUCAUAUGGUGGUUGUGAGGACUAAAUAUGACAAUGCAAGUAAAGUACCUGGUACACAAUAAAUUAUAUAGAGUCUUUUCCCCUCCCCUUCCCCUUCCUUUUCUCUCCCUCUCUCUCUUAAUGUAUGUAUACACACGUAUUUUAAUGAAGUGUUAUCUUAGUUCAUUUGGGCUGCUAUAACAAAAUAUCUUAGACUGAGUGGCUUAUUCAACAUUAUCACAGUUCUGGAGAGUAGGAAGUCUAAGAUCAAGGCCCCAGCAGAUUCAUUGUCUGAUGAGGGGAUUCAUGGUUCCCCUCAAAGAUGGCCAUCUUUUCACUGUAUACUCACAUCCUGAAAGGGCAAGGGAGCUUUGUGUCCUCUUUGAUGAGGUUACUGACCCUGUUCAUGAGAGUUCUGCCAUCGUGACCUAAUCACCUUUUAAAGGCCCCACCUCCUAAUACCAUCACAUUGGGAUCAGGUUUCAACCUGAAUUUUGGGGGAACACAAACAUUCUUGUAAUUUAAUUAUAGUUUAAGUGGUGGUAAAGGAUUUGCUGUUAGUUUUACUGAGAACUCUGGCCCUUUACAUUUCAGUAUUCUUUUUAUACCUGGUGUUAAAUCUAUGGGUUUGUACAUUGACAUGAAUCCUGGAAGUUUUAGCAGUCUGCUUUUCAAAUGUUUUUGGUUACCUAUAACCCAAAUUUGACUGUUCAUAUUAGCCCACUGUCAAUAAAGAUAUUUACAUAUUUAUUGUCAGAAA